GGUUAAGGAGGGUAAAUUGAUAUACAGGUUAUGAUUUGAAUAAAACUCAGUUAAACUCUGAUCUCUCUCUAUAUGCACCCAAAGACAAAUUUGGAGACUGAUACAGCUAACUUUGUCACGUGAAUUUGUAACCCUCGACAGACCCGGAAACAAUAAUGGGGUAAAUAAAGUGAAUAAAACACAGUUCUACAAUGUCUCUAGAAAAGAACCCAAGAUAAAGGGGGGAAGUAGAUAGAAAAAAAGGUGCAAAAUUCCACAUGAAAGGAAAGAUGUAGCUGGAACUGAGGACGAGGAAGGAAGGUUAAAGCCAUGGGUCAGCUUGACCCACAGUGCCUGCUUCCUCCUCCUCCUCCUGACCUCUACAAGGUCAAGGUGGAUGACACCUCCAGGCCACUGACGAGACAAUAUCGAUGUUAUUCAUAAUCUCAAGGAGACGUCAAAAGGAAAAAAACAGCUCAGACAUUAAAACUGACGUUCCUCGUAUUGCCUUAGCUUGGCAACAAGUGAAUCAGAUUACUGCUUAAGUGUUGACAAAGCAAGACAUCACGGGAACCGAAACUCAACUCACUAAAGAAUCGAUCCACGUAACUUCAAAGGAGCGACCGAAAACCAACAGGAUAUCGGGAUCCCUCGCACUGCUUUACAGCACCUUCGAGCGUGUUUCAGGGCUUCUGGGCCUCCUUGGAGCGGUCUCUUCAGCCCACCACAACACCUCAGGACGAGGCUUGCCAGCACACAUUACCGGGUACCACUCACCACUUAACCUCUGCCGGAACGUGUACGAGACGCGGCGCUCUCACACCACCAGUUUUAUGGCGGUCGUCGGGACCUGAGACAGGCGACACACGAGACGGUAACGCGACAGUCCCAGUCACACUGUCCUUGGAGAACUCUGUACAGGACCCCAACAUCACUCUCCAUACACCUAAGAAUGACUGCGAUCUGGCUGUACAGGAGAGCAGAGUCGAGUUACUGUUUAACCUUGGACGAGUAAGGGGAAUCUUAGGAAACUUCGGACGUGACCACCUACAUACACCACCGACAAAUGUAUGCCUAAAAUGAGUUCUCUCUCUUGAAUCAUCUGAAAACACUGCUCAAGAUGGCGAUCCUCAAGCUGAAUGCGAACGAGACUCUUCCAGUCUUCGUCGAGUCAGACCUCAACAUUUCGGGACUUGAAGAGGAAACUCGCUAUCUUGAUGAUGAUGACUGGAACUUUGAUAUCGAAAUGCCCAUCUGGGAGAUAGUGAUGACGGUGGUGUCUCUGACCGUCAUCAUCAUAUUCACCGUAGUCGGCAACGUCCUCGUCAUCCUGUCUGUGUUCACGUACCGACCGCUCAGGAUUGUACAGAAUUUCUUUAUCGUGUCUCUGGCUGUGGCCGACCUGACGGUGGCGGUCUUCGUGCUGCCCUUCAACGUCGCCUACAGCAUCAUAGGCAAGUGGAUAUUCGGAAUGUACCUGUGUGAGAUGUGGCUCACCUGCGAUAUCAUGUGCUGCACGGCGUCGAUCCUCAACCUGUGCGCCAUCGCCCUCGACCGCUACUGGGCCAUCACCGACCCCAUCAACUACGCCCAGAAGCGGACCCUGAAACGCGUGCUCAUCAUGAUCACUCUGGUGUGGACCAUCAGCGUUAUCAUCUGCCUGCCGCCACUCUUCGGCUGGAAUGACUGGCCGGAGAAGUUCACGAAAGAGACGCCCUGCAUACUAACGCAGGAGAGAGGGUUCGUGAUAUAUUCCUCCUCCGGGUCCUUCUAUUGCCCGCUUUUAAUCAUGACGCUGGUAUAUAUUAAAAUUUUCACAGCCACACGGCGGAGGCUUCGUGAGCGCGCCAAAGCCUCCAGACUCAACCAAAUACCAAACACCGGGAAGACCAGAGUCCCCCGGGAGGAGGACUCGGCAGUUAGCGAGAACGGCCAGAAUGGAUACAACGACAGCUGUAAGAAAAAAUUAGUCCAAAAAAAACGACGAAAGAAGAGGAAGUCGGUGACGGCGCAGACAACAGCCACGACAACUACGACAUCUCUGAUUCCCCCGGUCAUAGCCGAGAGUUCCGUUACGGAGAACGACAUCAGCAACCCGAGAGAUGAAUGUUCCCCGGUGGAAGAGAAGAAGGGCGCCGCAGACGUUGUCAUCAAAGUCAAUCCAAAGAGUGGAAGUCAAAUCUACCAAUUUAUCGAAGAGAAACAAAAGAUUUCUUUAUCGAAGGAGCGUCGAGCAGCCCGAACUCUGGGGAUCAUCAUGGGUUCCUUCGUUGUGUGUUGGCUUCCCUUCUUCCUCAUGUACGUCAUCCUACCCUUCUGUCCAUCGUGUCCUCAGCCCAACAAUAAGGUGAUCAACUUUAUUGUGUGGUUGGGGUACAUUAACUCAUCUCUCAACCCCGUGAUAUACACCAUUUUCAACAUGGAUUUCCGAAGAGCUUUCGCCAGAAUCCUGAGAUGUCCCAACGCUGCCACAAUAUAACUUAAUACAUCAUCCUCUUCAUCCUGGACUUCCACAAACAUUUCCUACACUGACAAUGUGAACUGAAGUUGUCGCAGUCUAUAGGCUAGGCAUGAACUUCUGACACUUGCGUAGCAGUGAUAUAGACUAUAGAAAGGUCGGCUAGAAGGCCUUGAAUUGUGCUACAAUAAACGAGAAAUUAUAUCAAAAGGUAAUUUAAAAUAUAAUGAAAACUUUACUGAACCUUCAGUGGAGAAUAUUGUUAUUGUUGUCAAAGUUUCAACAUAAUGUAGAGAACAGAAUCCUCACAUCACUCAUCAACACCACUGAAAGUAUUAGAUUACCUGAUCUGUCAGCAUGUGUAUUAAACCGGCUGCCUAAACUAGGAGUCAGAGGUGCUGGUGAAGUCAUGAGGCAAAUCUCACCAGUGUGUUUGUAUAUAUAUAUAUAUAUAUAUAUAUAUACACAAUGUAUAAUCCUGUGUAUAUAGUGAAUAAUCCGUGGAAGAAGAAAAUAGGAGAUACCUUCAGACUAGUUCAGAGAACUCUACAACAACAUUAUUUUUCUAGAGCGUUAUUGGUGGAAAUAAGAUGAUGAUGUUCUCUCCUUCUUUCCAUCACUUUCACUAAUUUGAAACAGUUACUUCAGAACAGCUACUUGGCAGUGAUGCUGAAUAAAUGUGCUCAUUAUCUCCUAUUGUUAAUUUCUGACUGUCAGCAUUAUAUUAUAUUAUAUAUAUAUAUAUAUAUAUA